AUAUCCAGUCCAGAAACCAUCAUUCGAAAUUAGUCUAAGGCAUUUAAUUGAGUAAUUUGGUAGUCUAAAUUUCAGUAAUAACAAUAUACAAAAUGGUUCAAAAUUCUACGGCUACAAAUUCUACGCUCAUCGAUGUUUCAAAGCUCGAGAGGCAAGCUUUAGGCGAACGGCGACGUCCGGAGGAUGCCCAUAAUCUCAACACCUUGCUGCAGGACAUUCUGUGUUUCUUUAUCCUGCUCUCCUUGGGACUGCUUAUCGUGGCCAGCAUUUUCUGUGUGGCUCUUAAUAUCCAUCAUACGGCAACACAUCAACAUGGCCACAGGGAAAAAUCUGAAAAUAUAUCGCGGUUAAUGGAUGGAGAUGGGCACACCAAGCAAGACCGCUUGAGCUUUCAACGUGGAUCCAUCUGGAUCCGGUUCUUCCGUUGCCAAAAGCAGCCGCAGCAGCAGCAGCCGGAAUUGGAACAGCUGCGUCAACCGGAACCGGAUCUGGUACAGAGUGAGAAGCAGCCAAUGAAGCUAAAGGAGCAGGACAAACCACAGCCUCAUUUUGCUCGCACCUAUGAACCCAUCGACUAUUCCGAAAUGGCCGAGGCAGAAGCUACCGCUAAGGAAUCAGACUCAGAACCUCAGCAAAUCCUUGUUGACAAUAUCUAAGGAGACUUAGGGGACUGAUGACUCGAAAGGUUUCAAAUUUGAUUCUUAAGACUGUGCGAGUUAUAGAAAACUUGAUAUUCGCUGAUUGAUUUUUUAAUAGAUUUUUCUAUAUAUAUCAGUGGAAACCGAACUUCAAGAACAAUUUAUUUAAACUUCCCUUCAAUGCGAUCUGCGAUUUCCAAACUCAAACAAAAAUCACCGAAAAAGAAGUCAAUCCUGCAGAACAACUGGAAAAUUCAGAGGUUCUCGAAAAAACUUAUUGAUUAUGUAAUAAAUGCCUAUCAGCUGCCGUUAAAGCUUUUUAAA